ACGUCCAAACGGAGCAGUCCGAGGAAAACUUGUGAGUUGUUUCGCUUCUGAGUUAGCAGCUGAUUUUGUGUCCCUAUGGCCGAGGAGCCGGACGCCGAGGAGACCCAGCCCAGAGGGAUUCUGAAGGACAACUGGGUGGAGGAGAGAGCAGUGGCUGCUCUCAACAUCGACGACAAGAAGAAGAGCAUCCGGCUGAGCGGACACGACGGGCUCAUCACCAUAAACCGAGGGUGCAAAAUGGAGACUUUAUCUCUGUUCGGUGCUUCUUACGUCCCUCCCAAGAGUCCGGGAGUGAGGGUCAAAGGCGUCAGGAAGGAGCUGCUGGAGAAUCAUUUAUCCCAGAUGAUGCGACAGAAGAUUCUGGCCGAGCUGAAGCCGGUAGGAGAGUAUCUACCGGAGUACGGGACCACACAUCAGAGGCAUUUCUGCGCUCCAGGAUUCGUCCCCAGCAAAGCGAAACCGUCGACGGAUCACGACUACAGAAACGAGGAGGCCAUCACGUUCUGGAGCGACAACUACCAGCAGAUCCAGCGCGUGUCGGCCAUCAAGAACCCCAACGAUCCUUUCAAGAAGUCGUCUCUGUUCAGCACCAGGAUCCAGGACCGGCUGGAUGACGAGGAGCCGUGACGCCUGAGCUCCUCCUGCAGUUCCUCACCUGUCCACCAGACAGGAAGUGAUGUCAGCAGCUCUCACCCUCUCCGUUGGACUCCAUGCGGGACGCCGUGUUGACGGUGUCUCCGAACAGGCAGUACCGCGGCAUCUUCAGCCCCACAACGCCAGCGCACACCGGACCUGAGGAACCGAGACGGUCAGAGG